ACCCCUAGAUAAGAAUUGCUUCCGAGCACUCCCAUAUCAUUACCAUCUCAUCUAACUACCAUGGGACCAAUGUACAGAGAACUAGCCAAAGCUGCCUUCGGGUACCCCAUUAUCGACAACCAUGCACAUCCAUUCCUGAAAUCAAAGCACCGCGACGCCAUUCAAUACGAAGUGCUCAUAUCUGAGGCCCACGGCGACGCUUUAAACGACGCCGUCCACACUCUUCCUUGUUUGCGUGCAGCAGCUCAAUUAUCCCAACUCUUUGGAUUGACGGGUGACGAUGCUACCUGGGAGGGCGUCAAGAAGAAGAGGCUCGAGUUUGAUUAUGCAGAGCUGUGUAAGCUCUGCAUGGAGCCUACUGGAAUCCAGUGUAUAUUGUUCGACGAUGGCUUAGGUGGAAUCGCGGAAAUGGCUGAAGAUUUGAAUUGGCACGACCAGUACACUGGAAGUCCAUCGAAGCGGAUUGUGAGACUAGAAGUGGAGGGCCAGAACAUCUUACAAGACAUCCUCGUCGCAAAUGAUAACUCGCCUCUUUCAAUUAAUAUUCUCUGCGACACAUUCCUGGAGGAGUUCACCAUCUACAUGAAUGAUACUGCCGUAGAUGAUCAUGUGGUAGGGUACAAAUCUGUUGCUUGCUACAGAACUGGUUUGGAUAUCGAUCCUGCGCCCUGCAGUGCGGAUGAACUCUACCAGUGCCUAACAUCUGCAUCUGAGCAGUUCAAGGAAAAAGGUUUUAUUCGCUUCGAGCACAAAGCUUUGAACGAUCACCUAGUCAAGAUAGUCCUCGAUAUUGCAGGCAGAUGCAAGAAACCUAUCCAGUUCCACACAGGUCUCGGAGACAAUGACAUUACGCUGACAAAGUCCUCUCCGGCGCAUAUGCAGCCUAUCAUCAAAGCCUUCCCAGAAACCAUAUUCGUUCUCCUGCAUUCCAGCUACCCUUACACGAGAGACGCUGGCUACCUCACGUCCGUGUACAAGAACGUUUAUCUCGACUUUGGAGAGAUUUUCCCCUUCAUCUCCGCUGACGGCCAACGCACCGUGAUACGUCAAGUGCUUGAGUUGGCGCCUACCAAUAAGAUCUUGUGGUCCACUGAUGCGGCGUGGUGGCCGGAAAGGUUCUACCUUGCCACUGCCCAAGCUCGCGAGGUGAUGUACGAGGUCCUAGCGGGCUUUGUCGGUAAACGAGACCUCACGGAAGACCAGGCAGUGUCUAUCGUGAAGAUGGCAUUCUUUGAAAAUGCGAAUCGCAUCUAUAUGCUAGGGCUUCAGCCGAAUAUUAGUAUUUUGUCUCCCCAGUGAUAUUCACCUGGAACACACGGGCCGCCGUGGUUCAGAACAAAGAAGGGCGGGAGAAUACAAGAGAUUGCAAUGUCGUUCCAUGGUGUCUUCGUAUUCAUGUACUCAUUCCAGAAGCACUGAAGUAUCCAUUUAUCGUCGUAAACGACUUCAAUUGGCCUCCUAAGUCUUCCCUUGCAGUCUUUAUCGCAUCUCUUUGUUUCUCCCAAAAGUUUGAUUACAAUGAAGUAAAGGAUUGAGUGCAGUCGCAGAGAGUCCAAAAGCCGCCUGACACUGUUGGGUGGUGGAAUGCAAUGUGGAACUCCUACGUCGAGCGUGCGUAGGCGUCCGUGGGUGAAAAAGACGGUGAACGGAUGGCGCACUAAUAUGGCGCACCACCGCGCGCGGCACCGGUGACCAAAUAUUGUCAUGG